UGAAUAAUUGAACCUGUAAUUUUUCAGACUAGUAGGUUUCACUCACAAUUUUAUUGUUCUAAAACCGUAAUUAUGAUGGAGGACGCCGGAGAGGAUGUUCUCAGGCAAAGGCCAAGCAUGGUUCUUACAUUUUUUAAGAGAUUAGGACAGACCUACCAGCUGAUGUUGGACCGGUGGACCCCUUACACUAUGAGCAGAUGGGCCACAACGGUCUUCCUUAUUCUCGCAUUCAUCGGUAGAAUUAUAAUCGCCCAGGGUUGGUAUAUUGUGACCUACGCGCUAGCUAUUUAUCAUCUCAAUCUGUUCCUGGCGUUCCUUACUCCUAAAAUAGAUCCGGCUAUGUCAGAGUUGGAUGAUGAUGAAGGACCUGAGCUGCCGACCAGACAGAACGAGGAGUUCCGUCCCUUCAUCCGUAGAUUACCAGAGUUUAAGUUCUGGUACUCCGCAACAAAGGCAACGGUGAUCGCCUUCACGUGUACAUUCUUUGAGUUGUUCAACGUCCCUGUGUUCUGGCCGAUCCUUGUCAUGUACUUCCUUACUCUCUUCUGUAUCACCAUGAAGCGACAGAUCAAGCACAUGAUUCGGUAUAGAUACAUCCCCUUCACCUGGGGAAAACCUAAGUUUCAGGUUGAACCUGAAUAUAUGAAUCUAAAUCUCCAGGAAUCCCAGGCUAGAGAAGAUGCUGCUCCUCCGAAAUAAUAUCUCCUCCGGGUCCCAGCUCACUCCCUCCGCUUGCAUCAAUCCUAACUAGUUCCUUAUCCGUUCCAUCAAUCGCAGCCAUGCAGACUUUAUUUAUACCCAGAGCGGCGAAACCUUUCUCUGUGCCAGAUCAUCAUCUUCAUCUGGUUCUUUAAUCUAGAAAACAAGAGCAAAAUUUAUAGUUAUACGUUCAUCUUAAAGAUGCAGUAUGAUCAUAUUGACCGCAAGAAGCUUCAUUUCAUUUGAAAACUUUAUAUCACAAAGACUCAAAAUGGCUGCUAAGUGAAAAAUAUUUUAAAAAAUAAUCUUUGCUUUCCCUGGGUUAUAAUGAGAAUACUUUAAACUCUGUUUUACUGUAUUCAACCCUUCAAAACUUAAAACAAUGUAAUAUAAUUCUUCAUUAAAAACCUAUCCAAUAAAAAUCAUUCAAGACUAA